AUGUCCUCCUCGUAUGCGCUUGAUGCGUUGCUGACAGUAAUAGAGACGUCCGAUGCCUCGUUACCGGUGAACAGUCGUGAUGACCAAUUGUGUGCCGCGUUGUUGAAUACUGAGCGGUCGAAGUUGCACGACCUGGUAGGUUUAUUCUUGCAUUCCCACGGGGUUUACGCGGAUGAGAAGGACCAUUUCGGGCCACCUAAAUGGCAGUACAGUUCGGCAGAGCUGGAUCACUUCGAUUAUUACGCGAGGAAUGGUUGCCCGAAUUGUGGAGCCGAGUUCCAGUUCCUUCUUGAAACUGACAUCCCUCUCCAAGGACUCGCGCUCGCCUGCCAGACAUGCGGACAUCGAUGCGCGCCAAUGCAUACCGAGGGAGACUCGGAAAGUGUGGCAGAUCGAUUGGACCCGGAGUACAUUGGCGGUCGUGGGGGGAUAUAUUUGCGCGGCAGUCGGAAGAUGCAUGACUUUGGGCAGAAUAACAAGAGCUGGUGGCAGAACUACUACCUACCCAAAAAGGUCCGCCACGAGCUGCAAGAUCUUCUGAGCAACAACGAGCUGACCAGCAAUAAAGGCCAACGAACCAAAGAAACCUGCGACGCCUGUGGCCACGACGAGGCAUUCUUCACGACCUUCCAAGCACGCAGCGCCGAUGAAGGAGCAACCAUUCUCUACGAAUGCACACGUUGCCAUUCAAGAAAGACUUUCAACAACUAA